CCGUCCGUCAGUCUUGGUCCGUCCGCAGGGAGCGGCCGCCAUGUUGGAGCCGACCGGCGGGCGGGCAGGCAGGACGGAGCGGGGAGUGGGCGGUGGAGCAUCUCGUCUAAGAGGCAGUCGGCUUCAGUCCUUUUAAAAUCUCUCCCCACCCAAACACACACACACCCGUGCAAAGGGGAGCAGUGCCGCCAGUGCUUAAUUGUUAACAGCUUCAACCAAAGAGGGAGAAGAAAAAAUAGGAAGAAGAGGGGAGGGGAAGGGAAGUGGACGAUCAUACCCGGAGCAAACAAUAACAAGCCGGGCAGAUGUCGCCGUGUGUGUGCGGGCCAUGGUGGCGGGGAGGGGGAUGCUGAAGCUCGCUGUCUCUGGAAGGGUUGAAUGAGAUUGAGCGGCGGCGGAGGAGGCUGCAGCAGGUCACCCGAGUCCGGGGCGAGUGGCCGAGGCCGGAGCCGGGCUGUGAACACGCCGGCUGGGCUACUGGCCGGGCCCUGCGGAUGUCUUCACCGGCGGCGAUGCUGGCUCCCAGCGGGACAGUGGCUGCCUGGAAAUAGUGGAGGCGCCGGCCGGUUAGAAAUCAAGGAGUAACCGAGCUGCGGACUCUCCUCCCCACAUCCCCAUCCCCUCCGGAGCAGGGCUGAGGAGACGGCCCGACCGUCCCCCCCUGUACCCCGGGCGCUGGAGGCGGCGAGCAGCCGGCCGGCCAAGAUGUCGGCCGAGGUGCGUCUGAAGAGGCUGGAGAAGCUGCUGCUGGACGGGCCGCGAAGGAGCGGCCUGGCCGUUAGCCUGGAGACCCUGCUCGACAUCAUCGUCUGCCUGUACGACGAGUGUGCCAACUCGCCGCUCAGGAGGGAGAAGAACAUCUCCGACUUCUUGGAGUGGGCCAAACCAUUCACAAUUAAAGUGAAGCAGAUGCGGCUCCACAAGGAAGACUUUGAAAUCCUGAAAGUUAUUGGCAGAGGUGCAUUUGGUGAGGUUGCCGUUGUGAAAUUAAAAAAUGCUGAAAAGGUAUUUGCCAUGAAGAUUCUCAACAAAUGGGAGAUGCUGAAAAGAGCAGAGACUGCCUGCUUUCGAGAAGAACGGGAUGUGUUAGUAAAUGGAGACAGCCAAUGGAUUACCACAUUGCACUACGCUUUCCAGGAUGAUAAUUAUUUGUAUUUGGUGAUGGACUACUAUGUGGGUGGAGACCUUUUAACACUCCUCAGUAAAUUUGAGGACCGAUUACCAGAAGACAUGGCAAAGUUCUAUUUGGCAGAAAUGGUGUUGGCCAUCGAUUCAGUUCAUCAGUUACACUAUGUGCAUAGGGACAUCAAACCAGACAACAUUCUUCUGGAUGUAAAUGGACAUAUCCGACUGGCAGACUUUGGCUCUUGUCUCAAGCUCAUGGAAGAUGGCACAGUCCAGUCUUCUGUGGCAGUGGGGACCCCUGACUACAUUUCCCCUGAGAUUCUUCAGGCCAUGGAAGAUGGUAAAGGAAAGUAUGGGCCAGAGUGUGACUGGUGGUCACUUGGCGUCUGCAUGUAUGAGAUGCUUUUCGGGGAAACUCCUUUCUAUGCGGAAUCUUUAGUGGAGACGUAUGGAAAAAUCAUGAAUCACAAAGAGCGAUUCCAGUUUCCGGUCCAAAUCACCGACAUCUCUGAAAAUGCUAAGGACCUCAUCCGGAGGCUGAUCUGUAGCCGGGAGCAUCGGCUGGGCCAAAACGGGAUUGAAGACUUUAAGAAGCACUCCUUCUUUGCCUGCAUUGACUGGGAUAACAUCAGAAACUGUGAAGCACCCUACAUUCCCGAAGUCAGCAGCCCCACAGACACAUCAAACUUUGAUGUCGACGAUGACUGUUUAAAGAAUUCUGAGACGAUGCCUCCACCUACACAUACGGCUUUCUCUGGUCACCAUCUUCCCUUUGUAGGGUUCACCUACACCACGAACUGUAUUCUGUCUGACAGAAGUAGUCUGAGAGAUGCUGCUGGAUCAUCCUCGACAGACAUUGACAUCAAUGUUCAGCGGACUUUAGAGGACAGCUUGGCCACCGAGGCUUAUGAGAGGAGGAUACGACGUUUAGAACAAGAGAAACUUGAACUAAGUAGAAAACUUCAAGAGUCUACACAGACUGUUCAGGCUCUUCAGUAUUCAACUGUGGAUGGUCCAGUAACUGCAAGUCGAGAAGUGGAAAUUAUACAUUUGAAAGAAGAAGUAGAAACAUUGAAACAACAAGUAUUAGACUCUGGUCACCUGGAGCAGCAGCUUGAAGAAGCAAGCCUCAUCAGACGAGAUUUUGAAGAGGGCUGCAGGCAAAUUAAAGCACUUGAGAAACAAAUCAAAACUGCAAAGCAAGAGAAAGAGGAUCUUCAAAAGGAUAUAAUUGAAUCUAAUGAACGGUUGAAAGUGCAAACCAAAGAGCUCAAAGAUGCCCAUUGUCAGCGUAAGCUGGCAAUGCAAGAGUUCUCAGAGAUGAAUGAGAGAGUUACAGACCUGCGUUCCCAAAAACAAAAGCUUACCCGUCAGCUCCGAGACAAGGAGGAAGAAAUGGAAUCAACGAUGCAGAAAACUGAGACUUUGCGACAAGAUCUGCGGAGAGUAGAACGUGCCAAAAAAGAGCUGGACAUGCAGAUGGAAGAAUCAGCUGCAGAGGCAACGAAGGAGAGAAAGCUGCGAGAGCGGAGUGAGCAGUACGCAAAGCAACUGGAGGAUGAACUUGAGGGGCUCAAGCAGAAGCAUGUUGGACGAUCACCUGGUGUGAGCAGUACAGAGCAUCAACAAGAAGUGGCAAAGCUUAAGGCUGACUUGGAGAAAAAGACAGUGUUCUAUGAGGUGGAGCUGACUAAACGGGAAGCCCUGCAUGCUACUGAGAUUAGAAACUUGAAGAAGGAGCUUCGAGAUGCGGAAGGACAACACCUCGCCCUCAAGAAGGAAAUAAUGAUUUUAAAAGACAAGUUAGAAAAGAACAGGAGAGAAAGUCAGAAUGAAAGGGAAGAGUUUGAAGGCGAAUUUAAGCAGAAAUAUGAGCGGGAGAGGAUCAUGCUGAGUGAAGACAACAAGAAGCUAUCAAAUGAAGUCGAUAAGCUGACAGGGAAGUUUGAGAAGCUGACUGCAAGCAACAAACAGAUGGAGGAAGAGUUGCAGGAUCUUGCAGAUAAGAAGGAAUCUGUGGCACACUGGGAGGCCCAAAUCACAGAGAUCAUCCAAUGGGUGAGUGAUGAGAAGGACGCUCGAGGCUACCUCCAAGCACUGGCAACCAAGAUGACCGAGGAAUUGGAGUCCUUGAGAAAUUCCAGCUUGGGAGCACGAGCAACAGAUAUGCCCUGGAAGAUGCGUCGGUCCCAGAAAGUGGACAUGUCAGCACGAUUGGAGCUACAGUCUGCACUCGAUGCUGAAAUCCGAGCAAAACAGGUCAUCCAGGAUGAACUCAAUAAAGUCAAAGCUGCCAGCAUAUCCACUGAAUGCAAAUUACAAGAUGGCGAGACGAGGAACCUGGAACUGCUGACCGAAAUAGAGAAGCUCAAGAAGGAAAUGGAGGAAAUAAAAGCAGAAAAGGGUGUAAAGCACCAAGACUCACAGAAUUCUUUCUUAAUGGGGACCAUCGCAUUGGACGGAACAGUAACAAAAAUCCCUCAUUCUCGUGCCUGUGUACCAGCUAGCAAAGGCAGACGUAUUGAUUCCAUUGAGAAUUUCAACCUUUCCAACUCUCCGUCUGGCGAAGAGGUGAAAUCACAGGCGUAUUCUCGCUCCCGGUCACCGUCGACAGCCAGUGACAUUGAGCCUGUGGAGGGAGUAGAUCUUCCUCCUCGUCCAACACUGACACCAACUAUCAGGUCCUCCUACAGUGGUUCCACAGCCUCAAACCCAAAGCCCAAGGCUCAUCAGUUUGUGGUGAAAUCUUUUACCACACCUACAAAGUGCAAACAGUGUACAUCUCUGAUGGUAGGCUUGGUACGCCAAGGUUGCACAUGUGAAGUGUGUGGUUUCUCAUGCCACGUGACAUGCGCAGACAAAGCACCAGCCGUGUGCCCCAUCCCAUCUGAUCAAACUAAGGGUCCAUUGGGGAUCGACCCACAGAGAGGGAUCGGAACUGCCUACGAGGGCCAUGUUCGGGUACCUAAACCAGCUGGGGUGAAGAAAGGCUGGCAGAGGGCACUGGCUGUGGUUUGCGAUUUCAAACUGUUUUUGUACGACAUCGCAGAAGGCAAGGCAUCUCAACCGAGUGUGGUGGUUAGCCAGGUUAUUGAUAUGAGGGAUGAAGAGUUUUCAGUGAGCACUGUAUUAGCUUCUGAUGUUAUCCACGCUAACAGGAAGGAUGUUCCUUGUAUCUUCCGGGUUACAGCUUCCCAGAUGUCAACGUCCAACAACAAAUGUUCGAUCCUGAUACUGGCUGACAGUGAGAAUGAGAAAAACAAGUGGGUGGGGCUGCUGAACGAGCUGCACCGGAUCCUGAAGAAGAACAAGCUGAAGGACAGAUCCGUUUUUGUUCCUAAAGAAGCCUAUGACAGUGCCUUGCCACUGAUUAAGACAACGCAGUCAGCCGCUAUUAUAGAUCACGAAAGAAUAGCACUGGGAAAUGAAGAAGGUUUGUUUGUAGUGCACGUCACCAAAGAUGAAAUCAUCCGUGUUGGUGAUAACAAAAAGGUCCACCAUAUCGAGCUUAUCUCAGGAGAACAGCUAAUAGCUGUUAUAUCCGGACGAAAUCGCCACGUCCGCCUUUUCCCCACCACAGCUCUCGAUGGCCGCGAAGGAGACUUCUUCAAACUGGUGGAGACGAAGGGCUGCCAAACGCUGGUGUCAGGAUUGAUGCGCCAUGGCACCACCACGUGCCUGAGUGUGGCCAUGAAACGCCAGGUGCAGUGCUACGAACUCAACCAGAGCAAAACCCGCCACAAAAAGUUCAAGGAGAUCCAGGUGCCGGGCAACGUGCAGUGGAUGGCCAUCUUCAGUGAACGCCUGCUCGUUGGCUACCAGUCGGGCUUUGUCAAGUACCCCCUGCAAGGGGACGGGGGUCCUGUCAGCCUGCUGCAUCCUGACGACCACACGCUCUCCUUCAUCAGCCAGCAGCCCAACGACGCGAUCUGUGCAGUGGAAAUCUCAAGCAAGGAGUAUUUAUUGUGUUUCAGUACUGUGGGCGUGUAUGUGGACUGCCAGGGUCGAAGGUCAAGGCAGCAGGAGCUGAUGUGGCCAGCUAUUCCCACUACAUGUUGUUACAAUGCUCCAUAUCUGUCUGUGUACAGUGAGAAUGCUGUAGAUGUAUUUGAUGUGAACACAAUGGAAUGGAUCCAGACAGUUGCACUAAAGAAGGUCCGGCCACUUAAUACAGAGGGAUCAUUAAACCUGCUUGGCCUUGAGACAAUCAGGUUAAUCUAUUUCAAGAAUAAAAUGGCAGAAGGAGAUGAGCUUGUCGUUCCUGAAACAUCUGACAACAGUCGCAAACAGAUGGUCCGCACCAGAAGCAAAAGGAGGUAUUCUUUCCGGGUGCCUGAAGAGGAGAGGCUUCAACAGAGGAGAGAGAUGCUUCGCGAUCCAGAAAUGAGGUCCAAAUUAAUCUCAAACCCCACGAACUUCAACCAUAUUGUACACAUGGGGCCAGGUGAUGGCAUUCAGAUUUUGAAGGACCUCCCAAUGAAUCUGCGGCCUCAGGACGAGAAGAGCCGGACCAUGUUCAGCGCCUCCGUCAGCAUCCCUGCCAUUGCUCGCUCACGCACAGAGCCAGGCCGCUCCAUGAGUGCCAGCAGCGGGCUCUCAGCAAGGUCCUCGGCACAGAAUGGAAGUGCCAUUAGAAGGGAGUUCUCGGGUGGCAACUACGUCAACAAACGGCAGCCAAUGACGUCCCCGUCCGACGGGUCUCUGUCCUCGGGUGGGAUGGACCCGGGGAGCGACGUGCCAACCAGGGAGUUUGAACGAGACGACUCGGAUUCGCCCAGACACUCCACCGCAUCCAACAGCUCCAACCUGAGCAGCCCACCUAGCCCCAUUUCACCCCACAAACCACAGGCCCUGCUGGUGGAAAACACAGAACACAUCAGCUGGGAAACAUGAGACCGCCGACUCCGGACACAACUUCCAUCCAUCCCUUGCUCUUAUCUCGCUGCACCCAUCCUGACUCCUCUCUCUGGGUGAAGACUGCAGACCUGGUGAAUGGAACGAAAAGCAUUGUGGAGCUGGGACACGCGCACGCACACACACACACACCAUGUGGGAGCUUUUACCCUGCCUCCCUCUCUCCAGAAGGUGAGGAGUGAGUUCUCUCCUCUCACAGUUCCUCUUGCUACUCUUUGUGGCUGUAGCUUGUUUCUUACGAAAAUGGACCACGGUUAGGUUGUGUAACUGAUGUUUAAGAUGUUGUUUCUCAUUACAGCCUCACUAGCCACAUAGGUCCUCAGUGAAUAAACAGGGGUGGGAGGU